AUGGGUGAGAUCCCACUUUCCUCGAUUCUCGCUCUGCUUGUUCUGUGGCGCCGGUUCUCCGGUAUCUCGCGUGACUCGAUGCACAAGCGCCGGGCCACCGGUGGAAAGCAAAAGGCCUGGAGGAAGAAGCGAAAGUAUGAGCUUGGGCGCCAGCCGGCCAACACCAAGUUGUCAAGCAACAAGACAGUGAGGAGGGUUCGUGUUCGUGGAGGUAAUGUGAAGUGGAGGGCUCUUCGCCUGGAUACUGGUAACUACUCAUGGGGAAGUGAAGCUGUUACCCGCAAGACCCGUAUCCUCGACGUGGUCUACAAUGCAUCAAACAAUGAGCUUGUGAGGACUCAAACCCUUGUGAAGAGUGCCAUUGUGCAAGUUGAUGCUGCCCCAUUCAAGCAGUGGUACCUCACUCACUAUGGAGUUGACAUCGGUAGGAAGAAAAAGGCUCCUGCUGCAAAGAAGGAAUCUGCUGAGGGACAAGAGGGUGAGGCAGCAGCUGAGGAAACAAAGAAGAGCAACCAUGUCAAGAGGAAGCUUGAGGAGCGUCAGAAGGGACGUGAGCUUGACGCUCACAUUGAAGAGCAAUUUGGCAGUGGAAGCUUGCUGGCGUGCAUUUCUUCCCGCCCUGGACAGUGUGGCCGAGCUGAUGGGUACAUCCUUGAGGGUAAAGAGCUUGAGUUCUACAUGAAGAAGCUUCAGCGCAAGAAGGGCAAGGGCGCUGCAGCUUAG